AUGACUGAUUCGGAUCGAGUACCUGUUGAAGAGGAGAAGAAGCGGAGCUUUGGACAAGAGCCGGGUGACGCUUUGUCACGAGAGGUCGACGGUGAUGUUGAACGCCGAGCGUCGCAGCCGGUGUUCGCCUCGCCGGCGGACGUUUCUCGUGCUGCACCGGCGAGCACGCCCAGUACCUCACCACAAACGCCAUCCAAAGGUUCUGGUGAAGCGCUUCUGCUCAGCGCCCUGCGCAAGAGCGCGGUGGCGUCCCCGGGACUCUCGAGUAACGCUCUGGAGGGCGGGAGUGUCACGCGGCCGCGGAAACCGUGCAACUGCAAAAACUCCAAGUGCUUGAAACUUUAUUGCGACUGUUUUGCUGCUGGAACGUACUGCAACGGCUGUCACUGCACAAACUGUUUGAAUCUGCCUGCAUACGACACGCUACGACAGAACGCGAUCCGGACCUCGCUUGAACGUAACCCGCACGCGUUCCGUUCCAAGGUGGUUACCCUCGAAUACGAUACCAGCAGCAAGGAUACGGCAUCGAGACAAAAUUGUGCUGCUACUGCUGCUGCCGCCAAGUCCGCGGACGUUGCACCGGAGGAUUCUUCGGAACCUGUCCAGGAACAGGUUCCGAAUGAGGAGGCCUCCAGCACGAGCACGCAACCGAGAACGACCGGAACGACGACGCAACGUCACGCGCAGCAUAUUAAGGGAUGCUCGUGCUUGCGCAGCCUCUGUCUCAAAAAAUACUGCGAGUGUUUCCAGAAUGGCGUGUACUGCAGCGCAUCCUGCCGAUGUUCGAACUGUCGCAACUUUGAGGGAAGCGCUGAGCUCAGUCAGGCGCGCGAGCGGCUCGUGCUCGCUGAGCUUGGUAUAUCGUUCUCGCACCAGAAGGGUGCAAGCGGCACGCCUACCAAGAGCUCUCUCGUUGGCGUGGUAGAAUCCGGACUGCUUUCUGAGGAAAGCGUGCGGAACAUUGGACUCGAGGGCAUUUUAGAAAAGGUCCAAUCGUUACGGAAACGAACACCAGGCGAGUCGAAUGCGCAGUCAACGGGUUCCAGCAAGUCACAUCGUGCGAAGCGCUCUGAGACGAGCAGGCGAACGUCAUAUGCUCAAACAUCCAACGGUUCCACAGUGGAGUCGUCGCCACGAACUCCGACGGCCAAGUUGCGCAACAGCUUUAUGGCAACGGACACGGGGACGCCGCACAGGUCACCUGUGGCGUCGCCAUCCGGUGGCAACCUGCGAACCGGAUGCGAGUCUGAGCGAUCCGAGCAUGAAGUCUCGAAUGAUUCCCCGUCGAAUAUGGAAGCAUGGCACCGGCAUUCGCCGCAGUCGCAUCGCAGUUCCGAGGCGAGUCCAUCACCAUCACCAUCAUCAUUAUCGGCUCCAGCGAGUUUGGCUGAUCGGGCGUCCCUACCGGAACAGCGUGCUCGACAGCGCAAUGGUGUUGCUGGCAUCGGACGCGCAUCGUCGAUGACCAGGAUGUCCAAGCGGAACGCGUCAAGAGUGGUCUUGUCCGGCCAACGUCGCCGACUGGAUUCGGGUCACUCGCCGGGCGCUUUAUGCGCCUCGCCGUCGUACGCGUCUGCCGGCACGGUUGUUGGUAUGGCAUCGCUUGUGUCGCCAUGCAAGACGUGUGCGCUAACAGCGCCGCAAGAGUCCGCCGCCAUCACCGCUACAACCGCCACGACGGGCAUGAGGCUGGGCGUCCGCGGAGCGCCUCAGACGUUCAUGAACGUCGCCGAUGUUCGGAAUCCGGCGUUUUUCUACCCGCCCAUGACCGACUACCCGGAAGCAACCGCGAAUAACCCGCGCGCCAUCGAUCUGAGCGAGGCAAUGUACCGUCAGUACCCGACACUGCGGGGCAGGCCGCAGCUGCUGUCGACGCCGUCGACACCGCCGCCUCGAGCCGCUGCUACGGCAGCAAACAUAGCAUCCUUUUCCGCGGUGAAUGCCGGGCUCCGGAACGGCGCCAUCUUGCGCCUGCCUGCCGGCAAACGAGCAGAUGCGAAUGACAUUGCUGGUGAGCAAAACGUGCCCGGUAUCGCUCGAACAAGCAGAGCCUAUGGCACGGCCUCUUGGGAGGAACAGAUCGCUGCCGAUGCGCUGCAGCAUCUCAAAAACCAGUCCUCCUGA